AUGGUGGCCAAGCAGAAGUCUCCGAAGAAGAAACCGGCGACGACGGUGAAGCCCAUCACUCAAGGGGGGCUGGGCGACUUCGAGCAGGUAGAUGUGCGCAGUGCCAAAGAUUUGGCACGCUGGCUGAAGGCGCACCACACACAGGACAAGUCCGUGUGGAUCACCCGAUGGAAGCAAGGGACGAAGUUUCACGUGCCUCUGCCCGAGAUCGUCUCCGAAGCCCUGGCAUGGGGAUGGAUCGACAGUCACGCCCGCAAACUCGACGAGCAGCGAAGCUUGUUGCUAAUUUCCCCGCGACGGAAGGGCAGCGUGUGGUCUUCCCUCAACAAGACCUAUGUGUCUCAGCUGGAGAAAGCUGGCCGAAUGCAGCCCAGCGGGCGCGCCAAGAUCGAGCAAGCCAAGAAGGACGGCUCCUGGAAUUUCUUGGAUGACGUGGAUAAGAUGAUCGAGCCCGCGGACUUGAAGACGUCCUUGCAGAAGAGAGGCCUCUUGGAGGCCUGGCGUCGAGUCGCGCCCUCGAAGCGGCGCGGGCUACUGGCGCAGCUGAAGAUGUCGGUGAAGACGGAGACUCGCAGCAAGCGCAUUGCUGAGAUGGCGGCCCUGGCCCAGAAGUCCUGA